CCUUGAAAAGUAUGGAGGACUAUGAAGCCUUGGAAAGUAUGAAGGUUGAUGUUCAUGGUGCUGGUGGUCAGUUUGCAGUCACUCAGCUGAAUUUUCCGGUAACGAAAUCUAUUCCUGAUUACGGUUAUAGAGUUGUUGUGGGUUCUUGCAAUGGCUUGGUAUGUGUAGAAGUUGACCGCGAGGCCAUUGUGUUAUGGAACCCUUGUACUAGAGACUUCAAGGUUUUACCAAAACCUCCUCGAGUUAUAAACUCCGAGUUUAGCUACGUUUUUAAUGGAAUCGGGUAUGAUUCUGCUAGUGACGACUACAAGGUGAUACGGGGGUUCUCUGAUUAUCUUGCUAAGAAAAUCAUGAUUCACAUCUUUUCACUGAAAACAGGUUCAUGGAGGACUGUCGAAGACAUUGAUUAUGUUACAUUAGUAAUGCGGCGGGGGUUCUUCUUAAACAGAGCUCUGCAUUGGCUAUGUAAUCUACCUGAAGGGGGCUCAAGAAUUUUGUCUUUUGAUUUAGAGGCGGAGAAAUUUCAGAAGACGAUUCCAUUACCCUAUGAUGACUGGUUUUUUGAUCUCUUGAUUCAUGAAAAUUGCCUCUGUGUACUUGCUUGUCCAACUGGAACUAACACUUUCAACAUAUGGAUGAUGAAAGAAUAUGGGGUCCAGGAAUCCUGGACUGAAGUCUUACAAUUUUCUUUGGAGAAGUAUGCAUCGCAUUAUGAUGAUUGUAGAUGUUAUUUCACGCCUCUGUGCAUUUUAGAGAAUGGUGUAGUUUUUAUUGACGAGAUUGGUGGGGGUCAACACCUCAUGGUAUUAUCUAAUCUAAAGGAGAAGGAAUUCAAGCAUGUUGUUGAGGUCGCGAAGAACUUGGAGUUUAGAACAGUCAUUUACCGAGAGACAUUAGUUUCACCAGACGUCCACACAUAAAAAACCAACAAUAUUUGUAGGUGAGCUAGUAGCGUUGCUGUAGUUCUCAAGGAAAUAGGGAGGCAAAAGUGAUUUUGUAGAAGCAACCUGGUUGUAAUUCAGGGUGGGCAUCAUUUUGAGGGAGGAGAGGUAUUUGUAAUGUUUCUUCUCCACUUGGAAACAAAUUGGGAGAUCCAAAAAGUCAAUUGCUUAUGUAGAAACUGGAUGCACUGUUGUUUGUAUGUUUAUAUAUAUAUAUAUAUGUAUAUAUAUAUAUAUAUAUGUGUGUGUGUGUGUGUGUAUUAUACUAAGAAUGAAAUAUCUCGUCUUUGUAAACCUAUUAAAGUUAUU